AUGGUACGAGAUUGUUUUAAAGAAAAUGAUUGGCAAGAUGUAAGACUCAAACUCAUUGGAACAAAGGAUAAGGAUGGUAGAAUUUUUAACUUGCCCACGGCUGAAGAAAUUACUGCAUUAAUAAUUGGUGAUUUUGAUGGAGCAUUUGAUAAAAGGGAUAUCAUAGUUCAAAGCAAAUCAGCCGGUCUUCAGAGAAUUAGUGAGCUUCAUCCCUCUUAUCUUGCAUUGCAAUAUCCUCUUAUAUUCCCGUAUGCAGAAGAUGGAUUUAGACUUGUUAUUUAUACAAUCGAAUUUCAGAAACGUGGUCUACCUCAUGCUCAUAUAUGUUUGUUCUUAAGUGCCGAUAGCAAGUUUCCAACUGCUAAAGAAAUUGAUUUGGUUAUUAGUGCUGAAAUACCUGACAAAGAGACGGAUGCUAAAUUGUUUGUAGUUCCGUACAAUCCUAUGCUACUCAAAAAGUAUCAGUGCCACAUAAAUGUUGAGUGGUGUAACCAAACAGGAUCCAUCAAAUAUUUGUUCAAACACAUUAAUAAGGGUCCGGAUAGAGUCACAGCUUCUGUUUACCAAACUACCACAACUGGUAACGUGAACAAGGAAAAUGAGGAAAUGACAAAUAAACAAAAGCUGUCAAACAAAAAAGAAGUUGAUGAAGUUAAAGCAUAUCUUGAUUGUAGAUAUAUUUCAGCGUGUGAAGCUGCUUGGAGAAUCUUCAAGUUUGACAUACACUAUCGAGUUCCAUCUGUUGAAAUAUUGCCUUUUCAUUGCGAAGAUGGUCAGGCUAUUGUUCAUGAUGAUAAUUCAAACUUGUGUGACGUGGUCAGUAACCCAACUGUGAAAAUGACUAUGUUCACAGAAUGGAUGAAAUGUAACAAAAUGGAUCCAUUUGCUAGAACAUUGCAGUAUAUAGAGUUUCCCAGAUACUUUGUAUGGAUACGCAAAGAACGAAAGUGGAUGCGUAGAAAACAACCUUUUGGUGCAGUUGGUAGGAUACAUUAUGUACCUCCAUCCCUUGGUGAUUGUUAUUUCUUGAGAAUUUUAUUGAAUCACGUUAUAGGACAAGUGAGUUUUGAUGAUAUAAGAACAGUUGAUGGAAAAAUUUACGAUACCUUUAAAGAUGCAUGUUUCGCUCGCGGUCUGUUGGACGAUGAUAAAGAGUAUAUAGUUGCCGUCACGGAAGCAAGCGCAUGGUCCACUUCUGGUUUCUUGCGUACAUUUUUUGUAAUGUUAUUGAUGUCAAACACCAUUUCUAGGCCCGGUCAUUUCUGGACACAAACAAAAUCUCUAUUGUGUGAAGACAUAUUAUAUCAGCAACGGAGAAUUACUGGUAUUCCUGAGGAAGAGAUUGAAAACAUUUGCUUACCACAUAUUGAAAAUUGGUUACUUGCUUAUGGAAGUACGUUAGGCAACUUUUCUGACAUGCCAAAUGUUCCUGACAACUACAUUUCAGCAUCGAACAACCAAAUGAUAAUGAAAGAACUUUCGUAUGAUCGGGCUACCUUACAAAAGGAACUUGCAUCUUACUUAAAAUCUUUAACUGAUGAACAGCUUAAAGUGUAUGAAACCGUCAUGAAUGCAAUUGAUAAAGGAAAUGGAGGUGUUUUCUUUGUAUAUGGUUACGGUGGAACUGGUAAAACAUUUCUCUGGAAAACAUUUGCAGUAGCUGCCUUACGUUCCAAAGGUGAAGUUGUCUUAAAUGUUGCAUCCAGUGGUAUUGCAUCACUUCUAUUAGAUGGCGGUAGAACGGCUCAUUCCAGGUUUGUAAUUUCGAUAAACGUUAACGAGGAUUCGAUAUGUUCUAUAGAACCGAACAGUGAGCUAGGAGGAUUAAUAAAAGAAACUAAGAUGAUAAUUUGGGAUGAAGCACCAAUGACACAUAAGCAUUGUUUUGAAGCUCUGGAUAGAACAAUGAGAGAUAUAGCACGUUCCAAUAAUCCAUCCUUGCAAAGCAAGCCUUUUGGUGGAAAGAUAGUUCUUUUUGGCGGUGAUUUUAGACAAAUCCUUCCUGUCAUUCCAAAAGGUACCAGAAGCAUGAUUGUAAAUUCUUCAUUGAAUUCUUCUUAUAUAUGGCAGGAUUGUCAAUUACUCAAGCUAACUGAAAACAUGAGGUUAAAAGUUGGUAAAAAACCAAGUAAUCUUCACGAGAUCAAGGAAUUUACUGAAUGGAUUUUACAGCUUGGUGAUGGUCUACUUGGUGGUCCAAAUGAUGGAGAGGUGGAAAUUGAAAUUCCAGAUGAUCUACUUAUACUCGAUCAAGUCAAUCCUAUAUCUUCAUUGAUCUCAUUCACAUAUCCGGAUAUGCAAAAGUUUUUGUGGGAUUCAAAUUACUUCCAACAAAGAGCCAUUCUUGCUCCCACAAAUGAAGUUGUUGAUUCAAUAAAUACAUAA